AUGUCAGGGCUGCUCUCCAAAGCGUCCGCCAUCUUCAUCACGUACCCUGUAUAUACCUUUGUCCUAGGCACACUUGUAUAUGCACUCGUUGUGAAGAUCCUCUUGGGGAAAUCGCGGUACCUCAAACGCAACCCCCGCAACCUCCCCCUGCCGCCGGGCCCCAAGGGGUACCCGAUCAUCGGCAACCUGUUCGAUGUGCCGAAGGAUAAACCGUGGGUUGGGUACAGCGAGUGGACGAAAACCUAUGGGGACAUGAUAUAUUUCGAAGUGCUCGGUCAGCCUUUCAUCGUCCUGAACUCUCUGCAGCGCACAAUCGACCUUUUUGACAAACGCUCCUCGAACUAUUCGGACAGGAUGCGUAUGCCCAUGGUGCUAGAGCUGAUGGACUGGGACUACAACAUGGCUAUGCUCCCGUACGGGCAAUGGUGGCGACGCCACCGCCGCGCGUUCACCGAGCACUUCCACCACAACAUCGUGUGGAAGUACCAGCCGACCCAGCUUCGCGAGACGCGCGCGUUCCUCCACCGCCUGCUAACCACACCCGAGAACUUCAUGCACCACAUCCGACACACGUUUGCAGCGACGAUCAUGAGCGUCGCAUACGGCAUUACGAUCAAGGACACCGAGGAUCCGUACAUCUCCAAUGCCGAAGAGGCACUCAUGGGCCUUGCGGAGGCAGGCAUCCCAGGAUCCUUCCUCGUCGACCUCAUGCCCUGGCUGAAGUACAUUCCCGCGUGGUUCCCUGGAGCGGGCUUCCAGCGCAAAGCCGCACAUUGGCGCAAAGUCAACGCGGACGUCGCGCAGAAGCCGUUCAAAUUCGCUGAAGAGGAACUGCAAAAGGGAACAGCAGUGCCUUCGCUUUCAUCCACGCUAAUAGAGAGAUUACCGGACAAGAGCGAUCCAUACUACGCCGAGGAGCGUAAAAUCGCACAGGACACCGCAGCAGUCGCAUACGUCGGCGGCGCAGAUACCACUGUAUCAACAGUACAAUCCUUCUUCCUCGCUAUGGCGCUUUACCCAGACGUACAAAAAAGGGCACAAGCAGAACUAGACGCCGUCGUAGGCCGCGGACGGCUACCCGAAUUUAGCGACCGCGACGCGAUGCCCUAUGUUAACGCGCUAGUCAAGGAGAGUGUGCGUUGGAAUCAGGUUAUCCCGCUCGCUGUGGGACAUAUGGCGACAGAGGAUGAUGAGUACGAUGGAUAUUUUAUCCCGCGUGGGACAGUGGUUAUGGGAAACGGGUGGGCAAUACUGCACGACCCAGAAGUGUUCGAGGACCCGAUGGAGUUCCGCCCUGAGAGAUACUUGAAGGACGGCCAGUUAGACCCGGACGCGCGUAAUCCAGACUGCGCAGCGUUCGGGUAUGGAAGGCGCAAAUGCCCUGGAAGACACAUGAGCGACAACGCACUUUACUCUAUUGUAGCCUCUGUAUUGUCUGUGUACGAUAUCACACCCCCGCGCGACGAGUCGGGGAAGAUGGUACAACUUAAAGCGGAGUUUACGAGUGGGCUGUUGUCGUACCCUGCGCCGUUCGAAUGUGUGAUCAAGCCCAGAAGUCCAGAGGCGGAGGCAUUGAUUCGGGACUGUGUCGAGUAA